AGUAGGAGUAGGAGCAGCAGCACAAACUACCGUCUCACUUCAAAGUUCAUCCAAUCUUCUCAACAGCGACACGAUCCGCCCGUCCUUUUCUCCUCCAAGCAUCAAUUGCAUUCAUUGCAGAUUUGUGGCGCGCAUCAUCGGAUUCUCACCUGCUUGACAGCAACACAUCUCCUUCGGACUUGGGCGCGCAGUCGAUCAAAUUCGAUCGCAAAGAUGGCUGACCCCGAUGUCGACGAGGACCUCUUUGCUGAUCUCUACGACGGAGAUGAGGACGCUGUUCCAGCAGUUGCGCCAAAAACCGAAGAGAGUGCACCACGUGCAGACAUAGCCAUCAACGACCAUCCAGAAUCGGCCGACGCGUCGGCCAACACAAAUUACGCCGGCUAUGACAACACCCAGAACGACUUGCAACAGCAGCAGCAUUUGCAUACAAAUAAUGGCAUGGAACAUAUGAUGGACGAGGGGCAGCACAGCGGUGGUUACAGUAACGAUGCGCCACCCGAAGAACGCCUCAUUGGAAUGAAGGAAGACGGGUAAGUCCUUUUCAGUAUGUGGUCAUUGUUUCUCUUUGGCCGGUAUCGGUCUCGUGUGAAAAGGUAAGUCCCAAAGCAUGACGGCUCUAACC